AUGAUUCAACCUGAAUCUCCAUCAUUAACUGUCGAUGUAAACGAUGUUCAAGAAUAUCACAGUGUCAAUUUAAAAUGUUCGGCGAUUAAUGGAAAUCCAUCGCCCACAUUUAGUUGGUAUCGUGAUAAUAUACCGAUUCAAUCAAGUUCAUUAGUGAGAGACGUUGAAAAUGGUUCCAUUUUAACAUUGAAUAUGACACGAAAAGACAAUGGUGUGAAAUUUGAGUGUCAAAUAUGGAAUCCAGCAUUGUCAUCUCCACUUCAUAUUGAACAACGUAUAAUCGUUAAAUAUUUACCAUAUGUGAAUAUAUUAUCAAAUAGUAGCCUCAUACAAUCAACCACAGAUAGAAUAUUGACGAUGGAACAUAUAGACGAAGAAUUUAUAUGUGAGGUAGAUGCAAAUCCAAGACCAACAAGUAUCUAUUGGACAUUGAAUAAUACGACAAUAGUUAGUCGUGAAAAAAGACUUUAUUUUUAUCGAUUAAAGUCUGAACAAAGUGGCAAUUAUACGUGUAUAGUAGAAAAUGCUUUAGGAAUAGUAAAACAAUCGAUUUAUAUUGAUGUUCAAUAUGCUCCACGUGUCCGAUCUAUCGAUAAAAUAUUAAAAGUAAAUCGUUCGGACCAAGUAAAAUUACGUUGUUCAAUUAAAUCGUAUCCAAAUGCUCAUGAAAUUAUUUGGUAUAAAGAUAAAAUUGAAAUUAGCCGUUAUAAAAUCGAUAAUGAUGAUAAAAUCGAGUAUCGAAUUGACCGUGUCGAACGAAAUGAUACGGGAAAUUAUACUUGUAUGGCAAUUAAUCGAAUAUCAUUAAAUAAACAACAACAACAACAACAACGCUAUUUUGAUUUAAAUGGUAGUGCCAUAAUUGAAUUAAUUGUCUAUAGUCGACCAGUAAUGGAAACAACGUAUUCAAAAAUAGCUAGUGAAAUUGGACAAUCAGUUAAAUUAAUUUGUUCAGUAAAAGGGCAACCGACACCGUCUAUUUUUUGGAAACAUAAUGGAAAAACAUUAAACUGUGAAGAAAAUACGAAUGAUUAUUGUAAACUCAGUUUAAAUUAUGUAACAACAAAAGAUUUUGGCGAUUAUAAGUGUAUAGCAGAAAAUUUACUCGGUAAAGAAGAAUGGACAUACACUCUUGUUUCGAAAGGAAAACCUGAACCACCAUAUGAUAUACAAAUCGAUAAAAUUACUCACUCAUCAUUUAAAAUACGGUUUAAACCAGGAUUUGAUGGUGGUGAUUAUCAAUCUUUCAUUUUACAAAUCAAUAACAGUCUAUCUGAUAUACCGAAUAAUACAUUUGAAUAUACCGUUGAUGAUUUAACUGAUUCUACAACAUAUAUAUUUCGAAUAAAAUCCCAAAAUUCGUAUGGUGUAAGUGAAUGGAGUCCAGAAAUUAUUAUCAAAACAAGUGAAUUAUUGAUUUUGCCAGACGAUCUUCCCACAUUACGCUCACUAUCGUAUGAUUCUUCACGAAAAUUUCUUCAUUUCGAUUAUUAUCCGGGUUAUAAAAUAUCGGAAAAACAAUUAUGUUUACGUAUAAAUCAAUCAACUGAUGGUAAAACAUUUGAUACGGGAAAUUUACAUUCAUCAUGUUUGGAUAUUGUACACAAUCGAGUGAACUACAUUAUGAACAAAGAUUAUUCACAUUUAAAAUUAGCUGUCUGUUUACGUGAAAAAUCAAUGAUAUGUGGAAAUGGCAUAGAAAUGAAACAUGAUGAACGUGAUCGAACAUCGGCUCCAAUGAUUAUUGGUAUUGUUGUUAUAGCCAUAUUUCUUGUACUGAUAAUUUUAAUUCUAAUGGGAAUUUUACGUUAUAGACGACAAAAAUCACCAAAAUAUUCAAAUGAGACGAGAAAAUCUGCAAAACCAAUCGUUUCCGAACCGUUACAAAAUCCGUAUCUAUUGUACAGUAAUAAUGUACCGUAUCAAUUGAACGAUUAUCAAUGUAAUAAAAUAAUGAAUAUUGAAAGAACAGAAAAUUAUUGUUGCGAUAUUGAACGUGAAAAAAUGAAAGAUGAAUCAAUCAAGCACGACACAUUUGAUUCUUACGGUGCAACAAAAUUGCGUACUAAUCUAUCGGGAACAAAUCAUUCAUCUCCACAUUGGUUAGCAAAUACUGCUGAGUCGAAAAAUAGUGGUACAAAUUCACGUUCUGGCUCUAAUCCAUCGUCCGAAUUUAGUUGUUUAACACAAAAUACAAUGAUAUUACCAAUAUUUUCGGAUUCUGAAAUAGUAUGUCAAACCGAUAUAACACAUUACGGUUUUCCGUCACAAUCAUCGAGAACUUUAACAAAUACAAAACUAAACAAUAUUAAUAAUGAUCAAAAUUCACGUUCAAUACUAAACAAUUUUCCAUCAUCAUCUAUCGUAAUGAUUGAUAACAAUGGUAUCCGACCAAUGGAUAGUGCCUCCUCUACUCCAAAUCGAAUAAAAAAGUUAUUCUAUGAAGUUGUUGUUUGA